AUGUGUUCUUCAUAUCCAGCUUUAAAUUAUAAAAUAAUUGCGAAAUGUUCAACAACGCGUGCUAGAGCAAGCGUUCUUGAGUUGCCGCAUGGUCCUGUGGAAGCACCUGUUUUUAUGCCAGUAGGAACCCAGGCUUCUCUAAAGGGAGUUCUGCCUGAUCAAUUGGACCGAAUGGGUUGUCAAAUAAUGUUGAACAAUACCUAUCAUUUGGGCUUGAAGCCUGGAAAAGAGAUCUUAGAUACUAUCGGAGGUGCCCAUAAAUUACAAUCAUGGAAAAGAAAUUUGUUGACUGACAGCGGUGGAUUUCAAAUGGUUUCAUUAUUGAAGCUUGCUACUAUUACUGAAGAAGGAGUAACCUUUCUAUCUCCUAGGGAUGGUACACCAAUGCUGUUGACACCAGAGCACUCUAUUGAAUUACAAAAUACAAUUGGGUCUGAUAUUAUGAUGCAGUUGGACGAUGUAGUACAUACACUGACAGAGGAUGUUCGAAUGGAAGAAGCUAUGUAUCGAUCGAUACGAUGGUUAGAUCGUUGUCUAAAGGCACACAAGAAUACAGAAACUCAAAACCUGUUUUGUAUUAUUCAAGGAGGAUUGAAUAAAAGGUUAAGGGAAAUUUGCUGUAAAGAAAUGAUGAAAAGGGAUACUCCAGGUAUUGCAAUUGGAGGACUAUCUGGAGGUGAAGAAAAAAGAAGCUUUUGUGAAAUUGUCCAUACAUGUACUGGUAUACUACCUGAAAGUAAACCAAGAUAUCUUAUGGGCGUUGGAUAUGCAGAGGAUCUGGUAGUUUGCGUUGCUUUAGGAAUGGAUAUGUUUGAUUGUGUCUAUCCUACUAGAACAGCAAGAUUCGGGAAUGCGUUAACUAGAAACGGCAUCCUAAAUUUGCGAAACCGAAGAUUUAAGACAGAUUCGAGUCCUUUGGAUACAGAAUGUCAAUGCCCUUGUUGUAUUCCAAAGGAAAAAGGUGGUUGGGGGAUCACUCGUGCUUUUUUAAGUUCUUUAGUAUCGAAGGAAACUGUUGGCGCUCAUCUUAUGACAAUCCACAAUACACAGUUUCAAUUACAACUCAUGAAUGACAUGAGAACUAGUAUCAUCAAGGAUUGUUUUCCUCAAUUUGUUAAGGAUUUCUUUAUCAAGUGGCACAAAGGAGAUCGUUCAACAUAUCCCGAAUGGGCUGUUACAGCAUUACGCCUGGUGAACAUUGAUUUAUUAGAGGACUAG